AUGUCUAGAACCAAUCUAGAUCAUCAUCAUGAUAAACUCAAACUAAAAAAACACAAACCAACCAAAAUCAACCCAAUAAAUCCACAUACAAACUUAUCAGAAUGUUUUAAAACAGUAUCAACAUCACUUUAUCUAUCAUUAGCACCAAAAUUUAUAAAUGAUCCGAUUUUAGGAAUAAAACAACAACAUCUAGAUCCGCUAGUGAUGACUUUUUAUUCAAAAGUUAAAGGGAUAAUAGUAUCAUAUUCAAAUAUUAAACUACUUACAAAUUCACAAGGAUCAAAUCUAGCUAAAAUUGAGGGAGCUUCACCUUUUACAUUUAUUUGGGUGAAUGUUGAUUUCUUGGUGUGGAGUCCUUGUGUUGGAGAUGUUUUGGAGGGUGAUAUAUAUAUGCAAACCCCUUCACAUAUUGGAUUAUUAAUAUGUGACGUAUUCAAUGCAUCAAUAAAAAAAUAUAAUAUACCUAUGGAUUGGUCAUUUAUACCAAGUCAACAAGAUGAAGAAGACAACAAAAAGACUUUUGGCUAUUGGAGUGAUGAUAUUGGUGACAAGAUAGAUGGGAAAUUGAAAUUUACUGUAAAAGCAGUAUAUACUACUGGUAGAGUAGUAAGUGUUGAAGGAACAUUAAUUAAACCAGGAGAAGAAAGAAAUUCACAACCAGUUUAUAAACAAAAAAGUAGCAAUGUUAACAAGAUUGAAACUACAAUUAAUGCAAACACACAUAAGAAAUUUGAAGAUGACGACUAUGAAGAAGAUAAUACUCAACAAUUGCCGAAAUAUGAAGAAAGUGGUAUUGAUGAUGAAGAAGAAGAUUAUAAAAUAGUGAAUAAUUCAGAUUCUGUAGAAGAUGAAGUAGAAUCAGAUUAA